AUGGCGUGGGUUCAACUUCCAAAAUUCCCUAUGGAGUAUGUGAACACAGUUCUGGUCAAAAAUAUAGGAAAUUGGCUGGGCAAGUUUAUUAGAAUGGAUGCGGCCACUACUUCGCUCACUAGAGGCAGAUUUGCUAGAAUUAGUGUUGAGUUGGAUCUUAGCAAGCCUCUGCAAGUUGAGUACAAGGUGAAUGGUAGAAUAAAGAAGGUUGAAUAUGAGGGAUUGCACCUCAUAUGUUAUGAAUGUGGUAAGUAUGGGCAUAAGAUGGAGAAUUGUCCAAGUAAAAAAGAAAUUGAGCAGUCUUCAAACCCAACGGAUGAUGUUCUGGGUGAUCAGAAUAAGCAUGCUGAUACUUCUUCAAAUUCAGGGGAUACAAACACUAAAUUUGGCCACUGGAUGCAAGUGAUGAAAGGUAGGAAAAAUAGGGGUGAUCAGCCUACUAAAACUGAAAAUGCUAAAGGAAAAGAGGUUCAGACAAGCAAGAAGGUGGGGAAUAAUUUUGAUGUGCUGAGAAGUAAGGAAAGCCAAGAGGUAGAAGAUAAAGAAUUAGGUACAAUGGUUGUUUAUCAACCACCUAAUCAAAGUUCUCUUCAAUCCAAAAGUAAGAAAUCAGAAGCUCUUGAGUUAAUUGAAACCAAAUCACAGUUUUUAUUAGUGGGAGACAAUAAGGAGGGUGAUCCUAUGAAGCUAUCCAAAGAAAAUCAUGAUAAAGGAAAGGGUGGGACUGGGAAUAAGAAGCUGACCUUGCAAGGAGUAUCUAAUCAAAGGAAGAAGGCUAAUGAUAGGAAAAUGCAAAGAGAAGGAAAAUCUGCAGCAACGUUGAAAAUUUCUAGUGACAGACCAAAAUUUAAUAAUGGAAACCAAGGUUCGGUUAAUGGGAAUCUGAAUCAUAAUUUGAGUAGGAAGGGACCAGAUCCUAAGCCUCCAGAUGUGAUGAUGGUGGAUAAAAAUCAAGAUGGGCAAGCUAGUACCAGUUUAGAAGAAAUUGCUGGAGCUGAAGGAUUAAUACAGCAAGGAGGAAAGGUGCAGGUAUCCCUUAAUCCUGUAUUCAAUCUUUCUAGUUAUUAA